AUCGAACGCUUCAAAAAAAAAAAAUAACAAAAUGGAAUCUGUAUUUUAAAGGUGAAAAGUUGGAGGGUGAAAAUAUAAUUAGCGGCCAGCAACCGUGAAAAUGUACACGUGAGCCACAGAUUCCACGCAUUUUAUAUUUAUUAAUUAAUAAUUUUCCCCAAUUUGUCGAGAUUAGUACUACUCCACCACCGUCACUAUCAAUUUCUCCGCCUCAAUCAAACGAGAUCUGCCGCCGAUCACCCAUGUUUCUGUUGGACUGGUUUUACGGCGUUUUGGCUUCUCUCGGUUUAUGGCAGAAGGAGGCUAAGAUCUUGUUCCUCGGCCUCGAUAAUGCAGGCAAAACCACGCUCCUUCACAUGCUCAAGGACGAGAGAUUAGUGCAGCAUCAGCCGACGCAAUAUCCGACGUCGGAGGAGCUCAGUAUUGGCAAAAUUAAGUUCAAAGCUUUCGAUUUAGGAGGUCAUCAGAUCGCUCGUAGAGUGUGGAAGGACUAUUAUGCUAAGGUUGAUGCUGUUGUUUACUUAGUGGAUGCCUAUGACAAGGAACGUUUUGCAGAAUCUAAGAAAGAACUAGAUGCACUCCUUUCUGAUGAGGCCCUUGCCACUGUCCCAUUUCUCAUUUUGGGAAACAAGAUUGACAUACCAUAUGCUGCCUCAGAAGAUGAAUUGCUUUAUCACCUUGGCUUGACAGGUGUAACAACUGGCAAAGGAAAGGUUAAUCUUGCAGAUUCUAAUGUGCGCCCUCUGGAGGUAUUCAUGUGCAGCAUUGUGCGCAAAAUGGGCUAUGGUGAUGGUUUCAAAUGGGUCUCUCAGUAUAUUAAUUAAGGUUGCUGACAUAAAAAUGACUAAUGGCUAUGACCAUAACUCUUCUUUCUUGAAGAAGAUUGAAAAGAUCAAAUAUGAAAUGGAUAGAAGAUUGAUUUCUUUCAGGUUGGUUUGAUUUGAUAGUUGUUAAAACUUAUAUACUGUGUCCUUCAAAUUUGUAAGGUGAACUUCCUCUGCAUCUGCUCUGUACAAUUUUUAUCUGAAAUUUGGCGGUCUAUGAGGAGUUAGGGCUAGAUAAAUGGAUAUAUAUCAUAUCUCUGUGACUAUUUGUAGAAAA